AUGUCCCUCAACGGCCUGAACAACGUCGACGGUGCCGACGGCCACGCCGGCGACAUCAACGGCAAAGCGCCUGCACGUGAGCCUCCAUCGGUGGUCCCCGGCAACAGCUUGGUAAAUGUGCAGCCAGCUCGACUGUCCGAUCUUCAGCCACGUUAUGCGGCCGUGAUCAAGCAUGACGAUGACAACCCCGAUGCCCACGGAUGGUAUGCGAAGCUAAUUCACAGCCUCGGAGAGUGCAUCGGUUUCUGCGGUGCCAUUCCUUGCUGCAUCUGUUGCCCGAACCCGUUCAAGCCCGUCGACCAGGGCCAGGUUGGCUUGGUCUCCAAGUUCGGACGAUUUGAGCGAUCUGUCGACCCCGGUUUGGUCAAGGUCAACCCGCUGAGCGAGCAUUUGACCACUGUGGACGUCAAGAUUCAGAUCGUUGAAGUUCCUCGCCAGGUCUGCAUGACCAAGGACAACGUCACCCUCAAUCUGACCUCCGUCAUCUACUACCAAGUGACCUCCCCUCACAAGACCGCGUUCGGUAUCUCCAAUGUGAAGCAGGCUCUGGUGGAGCGCACCCAGACCACGCUGCGCCAUGUCAUCGGUGCUCGCGUGCUGCAGGACGUGAUUGAACGCCGCGAAGAGAUUGCCCAGUCGACUGCCGAGAUCAUCGAGGAGGUAGCCGCGGGCUGGGGUGUUCAGGUUGAGUCGAUGUUGAUCAAGGAUAUCAUCUUCAGCAAUGACCUGCAGGACUCCCUCUCCAUGGCCGCUCAGUCCAAGCGUAUCGGUGAGAGUAAGGUCAUUGCGGCUCGCGCCGAAGUCGAAUCCGCCAAGUUGAUGCGACAGGCUGCCGAUAUCCUGUCCUCCGCCCCGGCCAUGCAGAUUCGAUACCUGGAAGCAAUGCAGGCCAUGGCCAAGACGGCCAACAGCAAGGUCAUCUUCUUGCCUGCCACCAACCAGACCGUUCAGCAGCAGCUCGCCACGGCCGACGCUGCCGGUGAAGGUCCCAGCAAUUAUGGCUCCAUGGAUAACCGUGAGGAUGUUGGAUUUCAACGUGCGAUGAAUGCUUCCGUCAUCGAGGACAUUUGA